AUGUCGGCCAUUCACAAAACCAAAUCCACCAUGGACGUCCGCGGCUCUACUCAGCCUGCAGUGGCUCCACGAAGUGUCUCGGUCACCAGAGUGACGGAUGAAGAGCGUCUCGCGGGCACCACGAGCUUCGACACGAUUCAAGCUGCAUACGAAGGCUUCAACCAGGAUGGAUUUAGUGUCUUGACCAACGCGAUUGACCCGGAUAUUGUCGACAAGCUGAACGCAAAGAUGCUUUCCGAGACCAGCGAUUACUUGAGCAAGCCCAGCUUGCAUUUCAACCAGGGCCAAAAGGCUCGCAACAUCAGCCAGACGCCGCCGCUGAACAAGGAGUGGAUGUUUAGGGAGAUUUGGGCGAACCCUCACGCCAUGUCGGUGCUCGAGUACAUUCUCGGUCCAGAGCCAGAGCUGAGAUUUGUAAACUCGAACGUAGCCCUGCCAAACAAAGACCCCAGCGCAAGACAAGCGGUCCACAGCGACGCGUACCACGACCACCCCGAUUAUCCGUGGGCAGUGGUGCUCAACAUCUAUUUGUGCGACGUUGGGCCAGAGAACGGAGCAACCGAGGUUUGGCCUGGAACGCAUCGCAUCACCGGCAAGAAGGACCACGUCAGCAACUACAGCGGCCGUAUCAGACGAGAAGUCUUCUGCGAGCGAGCCAAGGUCUCGCCACCCAGCCAGGUCCGAGUCCCCAAAGGCAGUCUCUGCUUCCGCGAUCUCAGGACAUGGCAUGCUGGAAUGCCUAAUUUGUCUGACGACCCACGUGUCAUGUUGGCUCUGGUUUAUUUUCCCAAAUGGUAUCGCAGCCCCAUGCGCCUGACGCUGCCAAGGAGCGUCAGAGAAGAGGUCAACCAUUGGGAAAAGGUUGACUUUGAGGCCGGCACUGACUGGGUCGAUGGCGAGAUCAAGCACCUGGAGGUCCAAUUUCAGGCAAACUGGACACAGGAUGUCGACUUUGGCGUCUUUGCCAGCACGGAUGGGAAGGGCAUCAGGACCGUGGCAGCGUCGGAAAUCGAACCUGAAGUGACCAGGCAGGACUAUUGGGUGCCGGGAGAUAGUUGA